AUGCUACGGCCGGUGUUGCGAACGCUACAGGAGCAGCAGCAGCGGGCGAUCAAGCAGCAGCGGGCGAUCAAGCAGCAGCGGGCGAUCAAGCAGCAGCGGGCGAUCAAGCAGCAGCGGGCGAUCAAGCAGCAGCGGGCGAUCAAGCAGCAGCGGGCGAUCAAGCAGCAGCGGGCGAUCAAGCAGCAGCGGGCGAUCAAGCAGCAGCGGGCGAUCAAGCAGCAGCGGGCGAUCAAGCAGCAUAGGACGCAAGGGCUGAAGAGGGUGGGAACGGCGCCGCUGCACCAGCAGCAGCAGCAGGAAGAGGAGGAAAAGAGGCGGCGCCCAAGAAGAGAGCCCUAG